AUGUCAUUGAAUUACAAUAACAUGCAGCCGUUAUCACUUAAUUCUAAGGGUGACAUUAAAAUUGAUAUAAACCAAGUAAGGAUCGAUAUACUACAUGGCAUCCGUGAAUGCACAGAUCGUGGACUUACACAAACUACGAAAUGGCUAGCCGAGUUAAAUUACUCUUUGAGGGAUCACAAAAUAACGUAUGAACAUCCUCCAACUACUCAGGAAGAUGAUAUUUCAUCAGAAGAAAGAGAAGCUUACACCUUGGCUAAAACUUAUUUCGACUGUCAAGAAUACGACAGGGCUGCACAUUUUUUAGAAAAUUGCUUGAGUUCGAAAUGUGUUUUUCUCCAUAAAUAUUCACAAUAUAUGUCAAGUGAGAAAAAACGAUUGGACAAUGCUACAGAUCUAGGCACAGAAAAUACAGAGUCAACACAAGUUUUAUUGGAUUUACUCUCAUAUUUUAAAGCAAACCAAAACAAUCUAGAUGGAUAUCUGUUGUACUUAGAGGGUGUGGUUUUGAAAAAACUUGACUUGAGAAGUCAAGCAGUGACAGUGUUGCAGGCUGCAGUGGCAGCGGCUCCCACCCUGUGGUCUGCCUGGGUGGAGCUUGCAGGUCUAGCCAAUGAGUAUGAAGCAUUAGAUUCAUUCCAACUCCCUCAGCAUUGGAUGAUGUAUUUCUUUGCUGCACAUGCUUUUGUUGAAUUGAAAUUAUCAGAACAAGCUUUGGAAGCCUACAUGGUAUUGGUUGCAGCAGGGUUUGAAAAGAGUACUUAUGUCACUGCUCAAAUGGCUAUUGCUCACCAUGAUAGAAGAGAUGUAGAUUCAUCGCUGGCAUUGUUCCGUGAGUUGUAUCAAAAUGAUCCAUAUAGAUUGGACAACUGGGAUGUAUAUUCUCAUCUUCUUUAUCUCAAAGAAAAAAGAAUGGAACUUGCAAACUUGGCUCAAAGAGCUGUAUCUAUAGAUAAAUACAGAGUUGAGACAUGUUGUGUUAUUGGGAACUAUUAUAGUUUAAGAAGUGAACAUCAGAAAGCUGUAAUAUACUUCCAAAGGGCACUCUCAUUAGAUCCUCAGUAUCUAUCUGCAUGGAUCCUCAUGGGGCAUGAAUUUAUUGAACUACAAAAUUCUAAUGCUGCAAUACAGUGUUACAGACAAGCUAUAGAUGUAAACAGGAAUGAUUACCGAGCUUGGAAUGGUCUUGGACAAGCUUAUGAAAUCUUAGGACUCAAUGGUUACUGUAUAUAUUACUAUUCAAGAGCUGCACAGCUAAAACCCGAUGAUUCGAGAAUGUUGGUGUCCCUCGGAGAAGCAUAUGAGAAAAUGGAUAAAAUCCCUAAUGCACUGAAAUGUUACUACAAAGCUCACAGCACCGGUGAUAUUGAAGGCAUGGCCCUAUUUAAACUAGCUAAGUUAUAUGAAAAGUCUAAUAUGCCAAAUAGUGCGGCGGCGGCUUAUACGGCUGCUUGUCAAGACCCCGCCAAUGCAGGCAGUAAGGAAUUACCAGCGGCACAGCGUUAUUUAGCACAGUACUAUCUUAGAUUUUCGUUGCUUGACCAUGCUGCCCAUUAUGCUUACAAAUGCUUGGAACAUGAAAGUACUAAAGAAGCUGGUAAAAAUAUUCUUAAAACAAUAUCGGAAAAAAGAUCAUCUGCAACAACCUCACAACCAACGAAUUUACCUGAGGACUUACCGGAUGCUAUAAAGAAUGCGUCGACAGUAUCAUUAUCACAUGAAACUCCUAAAACACCAUUACCGAGCCCUAAUGUAACACCCGACAACUUCUCUACACCUGUAUUUGCACGAAAAAGCAGUAAAUACAAAAUGUGA